AAUAUCAGUGCUACCACCAUUACUAGUCCAUAAAAUUAUUUCGUACGCAGUCGGUGAAUUUAUUUACAAGUUCUAUUUUGCCACCAGUUUGACACAUAAAGAACAUAAUUCAUCGAAUUUUAAGUAAUUUACUGUAUUAUUCUAGUGGAGAGAUACAGUUUACAAGCAUAUUUUUCGGUAUCAGAAUGUUAUGGUAACAGCCUCUCGACCUAUAAUAACUAUAGGAUAAAGUAUGGUCGUGCGUGUCGUCUGAACGUACAAUAGUGAUGUGUGAACAGAGUGAAAUAAGUUAUUUGGACGGUGAUAUAGUAUGGGUGAAGCUGGGCUCGUGCUUUUGGCCCGGCGAGGUGGUGGGUCCAGAGAAGCUGCCACCAGAUCUGUUGCCGUCGUUCCGAAAGCCCCCCAUAGCUGUUGUGAAGUUCUUCCAAGAAGACUCUUAUGAAUAUGUCAAGAACUUGAACAGCAUCUUUAAAUAUAAUUGUAGCCGCAAGAAUGAAUUCAUCAAUAAAGGGCUAUACAUGUAUAGAACAAAACAUGGUCCCAUGGAGAAGUUUCCGGAAGAUGUGAUAAGAGCCGAGACCGCUGUGGGUGGUGAUAUUAAGAUCUUAACUCGGGAUGAGUUUCAAGAAACCAAAAAAGAAAGCUAUGCUGGCUUGUUUGGGGAUCCGAGGAAGACUCCCUCAUCUUCUAAAAAAGGAAAAGGUAGACUGCCUGAGUCAUCAAAGCUGACUACACCUAUUAGAAAGCUUAAAGAAAAGACAAACUAUAAAGUCCACAUACUGCUGCAAGGUUCUAAAACGCCGAUCCAAAAUCAGCCUACUGAAACUGUUUCAACACCUUCUACCAGCCGGGCUGGUUCUGAACCAUCAGAGAUUCCGGAAAAACCUGCUGAAGAUAAAACCAAGGAGAUGGAAAAGCCAUUACCUUCCACUCCUGUGCCAAGCACACCGACAAUGUCAAGCACAGGGCAAUAUGCCUGCCAUGCAUGCCAGUUUACAACAACCCGCUUAAAUGUUUUAAUUUUACACAACAAAACACACAGUGUUUCAUAUAUUCCAUACACGCCAUCACCACCAGUCAAGAAAAAACCUGUUCACAAAACAUCAAAAUUUACUUCUGUCACCUCUAAAACACCAAAACCCAGAAAGCCGCGUCAAGAUAAGCCAGAAAAAGCACAUAAGAAGUCUCAAAGCCAAAAACGUGCUGCUGAACCAGAGCCUGUACCAGAAGUUAAAAAGCCGAAAACAGAUGAAGAGAUUAAAAGUAGUCUUUUAGCUGAUUGGGAUGACGGUGAUGAGGAAUCAAAUGACGAAUCUUCAGCCACGGUGAUGACAAGGUCACCAGAAGUUCCCGUUGCCGCAGAGUCGCCAGCAGUUCCCACACCUGCCGAAUUGCCUAGCGCCCAAAUCCCUGGCGAGACUCCAACAUCAGAAAACAAGUCAGAUGUUUCUACUGCUAAAGAAAAACCGGAAUCAUCUAGUGAUUCAAAAUAUGAAUUUUGCGAGGAUGAAGAUUGGCCUGUUGAAGCUGAUAUUGGCAGGAAAAUCCCUCGUAUAAAAAAUACAUCAAAGAGGAAAAGCGAAACUAAAAGUCUCAGUAUUGAUGAUGAUGAAAUGGCGAGAGAAGUUGCCGAAUUGCUUAACAAAACAACUGUUCCAGAACUGCCAUCGGCACCUGAACCCUUAAAAGUAGAGGAAAAUUUUCCGGAGCCCUCAGUCGUCAAAUCACCAGAUAAACAGGCUAAGAAAUCACAAGAUCAAAGUCCACCUGAAAAAACAAAAAAAAGUGAGACACCGCCUACUAAAACAAUAUUUAAAACGAAGACGUUUUUUCGGAGCCGACACUCAAGAAGCCAAGAUGCAAUAGGUAAAUAUGUCGCAGAGCAGUUAAAUGCUGCUGAGAGAAUGGACUUGGCAGAAAGUGAAUUAAAUGGUGCAGAUCUAGCUCCUCGACACGAGCUUACAGUUUCGCCUCCGAUUGAACAUGUAAAGGUUGCUCGCUUAGCACCCAAAAUUCAACUAAAAAAAAUGAAAGCUGAAGCGCAACUUCGAGAGAGAGAAAAAUCUAAAGAGGAUACCAUUUUAAACAUUUAUAAUACGAAACUGGAAACAACAAAUGCUCCUGACCAAACUGAAGAAAAAGAAAAUUCCGUGACACCAUUGACAAAUGAAGUAGAGCAAGAUAUGGUAAAAAAUGAUAAAAAACACGAAAAAAAUGAAGAGAAAGAAAUAACAGAUUUACUUAAAUUGGACAAUUUAGAGAAAGAGGUUGAAAUUAAGAAUGGUACUUAUGAAACCACAAUAAUACACAAGGAAAAAGAAUCUACAUCUCAAGAUGAACAAAGCGAGUCAGAACUGAAAACGAAUGAUAAUUCAGUAAUUGAACCAAGACUUGAAACGAUUGAUAAUUCAGUAACUGAACCAAUACUGGAAACGAUUGAUACUUCAGUAACUGCACCGAGACUUGAAACGGUUGAUACUUCAGUAACUGAAACAAGACUUGAAACGAUUGAUAAUUCUGUAACUGAACCAAGAUUAGAAACGGUCGAUAAUUGUGUAACUGAACCAAGAUUAGAAACAUUUGAUAAUUCUGUAAUUGAACCAAGAUUGGAAAUGAUUGAUAAUUCAGUAACUGAACCAAGAUUAGAAACGUUCGAUAAUUCUGUAACUGAACCAACAUUGGAAAUGAUUGACAAUUCAGUAACUGAACCAAUUCUUCAAACGAUUGAUAUUUCAGUAACUGAACCAAGACUUGGAACAAUCGAUAAUUCAGUCACUGAAUCAAGACUUGCAAUAAUUGAUAAUGCAAUAACUGAACCAAGACAGGAAACGAUUGAUAAUUCAGUAACUGAACUAAAACUUGAAUCGAGUAAUUCAGUAAUAAAAUUUAAAGCAAAUGAUCUCGAAAAAUCAUAUGAACCAUUUAUGAAUGAAUCUACUGCAUCUGCUGUCGAUGCACUGUUAAGUGUGUCUAGAGAAGCGGACAGGGUCACCAAAGUAAUUAGUGAUGAUCCCCCAGAAGACCUGUUUGAAGAAGAUAUUAAAGAUAACGCCAGUGUAAAUGGUUUUACUCUCACAAACUAUCAGGCUGUUGAUGAAAAUAAUGAUCAAAAAAUGAAUAUAACAGGUAUCAAAUGUGCUACUGAACAACCUCUUGUUAAUAUAAGUGUUGACACGAAACAAAAUGAGAAUGACAGUUUACUAAACGAGUUGCAAGAAAGGAAUAAUAUUUCCGACUUAAAUAAUAUUCAAGAUACUACUAGUGCUACAGAGACAGAAACCGCAAUUGAAGAGGAUGUAAGCCACACUUUGCCCCCUAAGAUUGGUUUUGAAGAGGUUGUGAUCUCUACUUUACCGUCUAAGAGUGAUAUGAUUUCGGAGCUUGUUUCAAAUGAAAUAAAUAAGUGUUAUGCUACAGAUAACACCCCUUCUGAAUCAGAUCUACAAAUUGCUGAGGCACUUAUUAACUUACCGACAACUACUUUGCAAAAUAAAUCAUCUAUAAACCACCUUGAAAAUAAUACCUUGGCUGUAUCUUCAGAUGACCAUAAAGUACAUACAAAUGAAAAUCCUUUUCAAGAUAUUACUAAACAAAACGUUCUAGAAGAUACAAGAAAUUCUAUUACCACAUCACUCCAAUCUGAUGUUCAUCCUUCGAAUAACGAUAAUAUUAAUUCUCGGUUUGAGACAGAACAAGAGAAAAGUGAAAAUUUAAGUGCUGCAAAAUCUUUAGUGCAGAUGUCUGAAACAAUCGAUCAUAAGAUUAAGAUUCCUGAAAUCGAUCAGGCAAACAAUAAAGAAAUUUUGAGUAUUCUGAAACGUAAAGAAGAUGAUAUAAAUUUAAGUAGUCAAGUGAUCACAAAACCUCAUACUGAAGUAAUCACAAAAGUUAGUAGUGAAGAUCAUAAAUCUACAAAUAUUACUAAUGAGUGUAAACAAAACACAAUUGUACAUUCGUCAAAAUUAUUAAAAAUUCUGGAAGAACCUCGUAUACCUAAAGUAUCCCCAGUGAAAAAACCCGUUACCAAACAAGUUAUCGUCCCUGGAAAAGAAAAAAUUUUAAACUUUGAAGUUGGAAAGCCUAUUUUAAAACCUAAAUCUCAAUCGCCCAAACAAAAAAUUAUUAUUCGCCGGACUGUUCCAAAUAAAACACUUCUAAACAACAUUACUGAAGUAGCAACACCUGACAAAAUUAUUUUAUCUCGUACGAGCAAGCCUACACAGGACGGGUCUCCCAUGCAAACAUACACUAUUCAGACGACGCCAGAGCCUCCUCCCACAGGAGAAGGCAACACUAUUAUCAUACAACAAAAGAUUAGGAAAAUAUCUAAGCCAAUGUCCAAACUGCAGAAAAUUAAACCUCCUCUGCAAACGUCACCAGUUACAGUUGUAGCAGAAAAUAAGAAAACAAACAAAGAUGAUGCAAUGUUUGAUAUCAAUUCCAUGCCCGUUGUGCUCUCUGAUGAUAUUUUGACACCAGAGAGUAUCGAAAAGAUGCCAAUAGUGAUGUCAGAUGGGAAUGUUAUUACUAAUUCAAACAGCCCGCCUAAACUUAUAAAAACUAAAGCUAUCGUUGAAAAUGAAAAGGUUGCUUUAAGCGCAGUGACCACUAAAUCUGAAAUAAAAACUUUAUUAAUGAAUUCAACGAAUGAAGUGAGUAAAGUUACAACACCCAAUAUUCUGUCGAAAUCCUCAAAGUUACGAGGUGCCAAGCCAAUGCUUGUGAUAGAUAAGGUUACCGGGAAACAGAAAAUCAUAAUGACAAAACCUGAACCUCCUGUAAAAGAAAUUAAACAACCCCAAACUUUGAUACAAUCUGCUCCUCAAAGUAGUGUUAAGCCAGAAAAGUUCAUUAUUUUACCUACGCAAAGUUCUCCUCGCCCUGGUAAAACACAGAAAAUAGUUAUCGAUCCACAAACUGGCAAAGCGCACGUUCUCGUUGGGAAAGGAGCAGAACCUCCUUUAAGUGUAGGUGACAAUAAGCCAGUUUCCGCCAAACUUAUACCAUCUGCAUCCGAUGCUAGUGCACCUGGUAAUACUGUUAUGAUCAUUACAAAUGCUCAAGGAGCUCAAUCUAGGAUAGUUCUUACACCGGAACACGAAAAAAUAUUGUUUCCUAAUAAGCAACAAAACGUAUCUCAGCUUAAAACAGUAACGCAUCGUGUGACAUCUGGUGCUAGCUCCGCCCAAAAAUCUGUCGUUUCAUCUCCUAACCAAACUAAGACUCAAACAAAAAUUUUUCCUAAACAGAAAAGUGCUAUUAUUACUUCUAAAGGACAACUUAUAGUAGGCGGACGCAUCGCUACAACGACUCAAAAUAUAGCUCCGUUGCCAGAGAUAAGACCAGCUCCCAAACGAAUACUAGCAGCCGAACCUAAAAGGCUUGUUCAAACUAUACAGAAAAAUUCAUCAGAGCGUUUAAUAUUUCUACAACAGAAAUCUGGAGCGGUUAUGCAGCUAACAGCAGCACAAUUCGAACACUUGCAAAGAACAGGCCAAAUAAUACAGAAAGCACCUCAGGAAAAACUAAUGCUUCAAAAAUCUAUUACUAUUUCUCCCAAUGAAACAGUUGUCGUACCGCCAGUUCCAAAACAGAGAGCGAGAAAACAACCUGUUGAAUCGCCAACACCACCAAAAAAGGUUAAACACGAAAUAGCUAUAGCGCCCGCGCCUGUAGCGCUACCUGCCCUCACACCGUUGUCUAAUACGAUACCUUCUCCUGUGGUAAAUAUUCCCAGCGCACCCAGCAGUGCGUCCGCCACGAACUAUUCGGACUUAGAUAAUAUAGAAGAACUAUUACCCUCAACAGCAAUCGCUAGACAAGAUAUUAGGCCAUCACAACCCGAAAUAGCCGCCGCGCAAACGCCUCCCGCUUCUCUUUCGGACGGGCAACUGCUGGCAGUGCCCGGAGAGCAUUUCGGAGGACCGCCGGGCUCGUUUUAUCUAUGUGUGGAAGAAAAUGGAUCGUACACUGUGAUAGACCAUCGACCGUUAGUUCUUGAAAAUAAUCAGCUCGUGCCUAUGGCGGAGCCGUUGCCGGUGCUCGCUCAACCGGAGCGUAGAGACAUUUUAGAAGCGGCGCUCGCGAAUAGUGACGUCUUCCAUGCUGAAACGCCACGCGACGAUGCACCAGACUUCAGAGAUCUAAACGCCAACGUAUCGGUACACUGUCGCGUCUCCGAAACGAGUACGACACUUAAUCAGCCAAUAAUGACGCCGGUCGAAGUACCGUCGAAAGCGGACAGCGAGCCGGCGAUGCCUUCUACUCUAGAGGACGGGUUAGCUGUCAUCGGGGUCACGCCGCUGACGGUGCCGACGUCGCUCGAACUGCCGAUAACCGUGACCGAUCCACGAAUAGCACCUAAAACCACAGACCCGUUGAGUAACAACAAUUACGGUGCAGCGUUAUUACCUUCGCCCAACACGGAAAUGACUUUCGCGACGUCUGAACAAAUGGAAGUUUCCGUCGUCGGCCCAAUAUCCAUGCCACUUCUUACGGAAGAAGAUGCAGUUGGAAAAUCGAUGCCAAUUUUAACAGAUGAGGUCACAGAAAGGACAAUUUCGUCGGUGGAGUCUACAAUCGGAUCUCCGUCUUCGAUCGACGUGCGGGAGUCCGAGAACGAGGACAGCGGGCAGUGGCCGCGCCGGCUGCUCACGCCCUCCUCCGACACAUCCGAGACCUCUGCCGAGAUCCCCUUGCAGCCUGUGAUGCAGUUAUCCGCCAACGACCUUUCUCACAACAGUUAAAAGUUCAUUUCCAUCCAUUCUUAUUAUUUCAAUUUCGCAUUUCCAUCGUGAAAGUUGAUUAAUUUUGAUGGAUUUAUUAUUAGUGCUAAUCAACUGAUACUAAAGUAUGUGCAAUAGAUUGAUUCAAAGAUGUUUUUCUUUGAUUUAUCAUCUGAAAACUGUACAAAGAGUACCUACAGAAAAUUUCUGCCAAUUUGUUAAACUGUUGAAAUAAAAUGAAGUUUAGUGAAGCUAACCUUGAGGAACGUUGGGGACGUUUAGAACGUGCUGAUGUAGAUGACUAUAUGUAAAUAUAAUAAUAUAUAAUAUUUAAUCAAAUGUGGAUUUUAGUUGUACGCUCACAAUGUCAUGACUUCUUUUAACAAGAUAUAUCAAAUGCAUUAGUGCACAUCAAUUAGAGUAAGUUUUAUGAUUGUAAAUUGAAACUGAAUUAUGUACUGUUGGCUCCCAUGUGUAAUAUAUUAAAGGUUAGGUAUAUUAUAAUAUUUUUAUAACGUUUAGCAAUCUUUUAAAUAAUAAUUAUUAUAAGUAUCCUAAUUUGUACACGAAGUACGACAUAAAUUAUGCUAUUGUGUUAUGUACCCGCAUUUUUUUUUCUAUAAUUAUGUGAAAACUACGUCAAUCAUAAGCGUUACUUUUUAAACCAUUUGGUUGAGAGAAUUCAGUUUAAUGAUAGCUGUAGUUUUAAUGUUAAGUACAAUAUUUGUUGAAUCAACGUUAAAUAUUGUCAAAGGCACAUAUUGAUUUAUUUGAGUGAUCUAUAUCAGAAUCUAGAUCGGAAUAUUAUAAAAAUGGAGUCUUUAGAUACUUCUGUGUAGUUUAAGGUUUUAAUAAAUAAAACUUUAUUCAAUA